AUGGGGCCCACGAGUCGGUCCCGCAUCAUCUCCCCAGAUCAAGUCCACCGCCCCAGUCGGACUCUGAAGGAUCAACGGACAAAUCUUCAUGUUGCAGAGGGUAUUGCCUUGGAUGAAAGUGGAUCAGCCGAGUCACCUUUGGAUGCAGGAUCGGUCGUGAGCGAUCAUGAACUCUCUGACCCGGAAGACUCCUUCGACGGUGCAACCGCAAGGAAAGGUGAGAAACGAGGCUUGGGUCGGGACUUUGCAAACACCAAGAGCUCUAAGCCAGGUCGUACGCGGAGUCCUCCUCGGACGGUGGGCCCAGACGGUGCAAAACGAUUGGGGCGCGCAGAGCUGGGUCCUCAUGCCCAUGAAAAAAAGAUGCCCUCAUGGUUGAAGAAAAUGCUGGAGAAGGGUGGUAGCAGCUCGAAGCAGACUCAGAUCACAGCUGACGGCAAGCUCACUCGGCGUACAACCGUGGAUAAUGAGACGGACCAUCUGAUCCCAGUAAUUUCCCAAUUGUGUGAGCAGGACAGCUCCGUUCAGCGGGCUUUUUUGUGUUCUCCCAAGGUCCGCCAUGUCUGCAAAAUGUCUCGUGAGGGCGGCUUCUGCGGGUAUCGAAACAUCCAAAUGCUGGUUUCAUAUCUCAAAAAAUCCCAAAGUCCAGGUCAUGAGCAUUUUGCGAAUGGUGUACCAUCGAUCCUUGAGCUACAGGACAAAAUCGAGCUUGCCUGGGACAUGGGAUUCAAUAGUACGGGCAGAACCGAGACGGGAGGCAUUCGAGGCACCCGGAAAUUCAUCGGGACACCAGAGGCACAAGCAUUGUUCAUGAGUCUUGGAAUCCCAUGUGAUGCCAGCAGCCUGAGCGAGAGUGGCAACCUGCGGGCCUAUGAUUCUCUCUACAUGGAUGUAGCUACCUACUUCCGGUCAGGGUGCUCUCUGGAGGAUGAGAAGAGAGUUUACAAGACGGAUUUGCCGCCCAUCUAUUUUCAACAUCAAGGACAUUCUAUGACAAUCAUUGGAUUUGAAAUCCGGGAUAAUGGCAGUGCCAAUUUACUGGUAUUUGACCCUAUGUUCAAGACCUCACCUGCCAUGCAUCGUCUCAUUGGAACGUCUGCUCAAUCCAACAAUCCUGGUCGGUUGCUCAAAGCGUAUCGAAGAGGGACAUCUUACCUUCAGAAAUAUAAGAUGUUUGAACUUCUUAAGCUGUGCCCGGUUGACAUGGCUACAAAUCCCAAUCAAUGA